AUGCCUUCGAUCUCCAGCAUCGCGUACUACCUCGUCCACAUCUCCGAACUACGCGCGAUCAUUCAAUGGUAAGCAGUCAUGAUGAUCAGCCAUUCUUCCGAGCCAGGUGCUGACUAGCGUCAGGAAAACAUGGCACAAUCCUGUCCACGAGCGCGACGAGAGCAAAGAGGGACCAGACCUCAAGGAGUGCUUCCGCUUCCUCAACAUGACCUCGCGGUCAUUCUCGGCUGUCAUUCAAGAACUGCAUCCUGAGCUGCUGGUGCCAGUAUGUCUCUUCUACCUCAUACUACGCGGCCUGGACACCAUCGAAGACGAUAUGACCAUCAGCGUUCCCACCAAAGAGCCCCUGCUCAGGAAUUUCCACCAACACAUCGAGGACGAGAGCUGGACAUUCGAUGGCAAUGGACCUGAUGAGAAGGACAGAGAGCUGCUGGUCAAAUUUGACUGUGUAGGCAGGGAGUUCAAUAAGAUCAAAGAGGAGUAUAGGAUCAUCAUCAAGGACAUCACAAAACGCAUGGGCAACGGCAUGGCAGACUACGUGAAGAAUGCAGAUCAUAAUGCCAACGGCGUCAAGACCAUCAAGGAUUACGAGCUGUACUGCCACUAUGUCGCAGGUCUGGUCGGCGAGGGUCUGACACGGUUGUUUGUUGAGGCGAAGCUAGCAAACCCGGCACUCUUGCAGAGACCUGAGCUUAUGGAGUCCAUGGGUCAAUUCCUGCAACAGACGAACAUCAUUCGAGACAUUCGGGAAGACCACGAGGACAAGCGAUAUUUCUGGCCGAAGGAGGUUUGGUCCAAGUACGUGACCAAAUUUAGCGACUUGUUCCUGCCUGAGAACCGGGAGAAGGCACUACAAUGUAGCAGCGAGAUGGUGCUCAUUGCAUUGAACCGAGCAGACGAAUGCCUGUUCUACAUGGCUGGAGUCAAGGAACAGUCCGUCUUCAACUUUGUUGCCAUACCACAAUCGAUGGCUAUUGCAACGCUGGAGCUUUGCUUCCAGAAUCCGGCAAUGUUUGAGCGCAAUAUCAAGAUCACCAAGGGCUCAGCAUGCCAAUUGAUGACCGAGUCCACACAGAACUUGCAGAUGGUCUACGAUGUGUUCAGAAGAUACGCGAGGAAGAUCCACAAGAAGAACAAGCCCAGCGACCCGCAUUUCCUGGACAUCAGCGUGGCUUGCGGCAAGAUCGAAAGAUUUAUCGAAGGCAUCUUUCCAUCGCAGACACCACGAACACUACCCCCUGGCGCCGAGCAGACCGUUGCAGUGGAUUCAGAAGCAGAGGCUAAGAGGAAGGCUGAGGAGGCGGAGGCGAAGAAAGAUAUGAUGUACAUCGCUCUGGCCAUCUUUCUAACACUGGGUAUAAUCACUGCGUGCAUGGUAAGUGCUCAGUUUCCCCUUGAAUCGGCACCGAUUUCGACUGACACGUCGCGAUAGCUUGGCGCGGCCUGGUUCUUUGGCGCUCGCUUCGACCUCGCUUUCGCCGAGCUGAGGAAGGGCAACCUAUCUCCACCCAAGAGCUCAGGGGCUUUGGAGAGCACGGCAAGCCAAUACGAAGGCCACGGCGAGCUGUGA